UUGCCCCCCGGGCAGAAGAGCCAGAACAGCAGGUGGAGGAGGUGAUUGUAAGGAGAGGGACAUUAACAUGAUGGAAAUGCAUAGUGUGUGCGGAUGUGGGUUGUGUGUGUGUGUGUGUGUGAGUGAGUGAGUGCAUGUGUGUGAGUGAGAGAGACAGAGAGCUAGAGAGCGUGGAAGAGGAAGGGUUUCUUUCUCUCAGUGCUCAGUUAAUCCUGCUGUCAAUUGGUGCUAAGGCAGCAGUUUAAGUGCUGGAUUCCAGGAGAAACAGAUACACUGUACAGAAGGAACAGCAGAAGGGAGGAGAGAGAGAGCAGAAAAGAAAGGAAGAAAAAACACAAAUCUAUGGUUGGAACUGGGCUUCUUUUUCGCCAAUGCAAAAGGGAAUAUGCAGCACAUUUUUGCCUUCUUCUGCACCGGUUUUCUAGGGGCAGUACUAGGGGCUAAUUUCCCCAACAAUAUCCAGAUAGGGGGAUUAUUUCCUAAUCAGCAAGCACAAGAACAUGCGGCUUUUAGGUUUGCAUUGUCGCAAUUCACAGACCCCCCUAAACUGCUUCCCCAGAUUGAUAUUGUGAACAUUAGCGACAGCUUUGAAAUGACAUACACCUUCUGUUCACAGUUCUCCAAGGGUGUCUACGCCAUUUUUGGAUUUUAUGAGAGGAAGACCGUCAACAUGCUCACCUCCUUUUGUGGAGCUCUCCACGUGUGCUUCAUCACCCCCAGCUUCCCAGUUGACACUUCCAACCAGUUUGUUCUCCAGCUGCGCCCUGAGCUGCAGGAUGCUCUCAUCAGCAUCAUUGACCAUUACAAAUGGCAAAAGUUUGUGUACAUUUAUGACGCCGACAGGGGCCUGUCCGUCCUGCAGAAAGUUCUAGAUACAGCUGCGGAGAAGAACUGGCAAGUGACUGCCGUCAAUAUUAUGACAACAACCGAGGAGGGUUACAGGAUGCUUUUUCAGGACCUAGAGAAGAAGAAAGACCGGCAGGUGGUGGUGGACUGUGAAUCAGAGCGACUGAAUGCCAUUUUGGGACAGAUCAUAAAACUGGAAAAAAAUGGCAUCGGCUAUCACUACAUACUUGCGAACCUGGGCUUCAUGGACAUUGACCUACUGAAGUUCAAAGGAGCCAAUGUGACCGGCUUCCAGUUGGUGAAUUACACAGACACAGUCCCAGCCAAGAUUAUGCAGGACUGGAAGACUAAUGACGUGAAAGAACAAUCUCGAGUUGACUGGCACAGGUUAAAGUAUACAUCCGCUCUGACCUACGAUGGCGUGAAAGUGAUGGUGGAUGCAUUCCAGAGCCUGAGGAAGCAGCGGAUCGACAUUUCCCGCCGUGGGAAUGCUGGGGACUGCUUAGCCAAUCCAGCAGUGCCCUGGGGCCAAGGCAUUGACAUUCAGAGAGCUCUGCAGCAGGUGCGGUUUGAGGGUUUAACUGGAAAUGUGCAGUUUAACGAGAAAGGACGACGGACCAACUACACCCUCCACGUGAUUGAAAUGAAAGCUGAUGGCAUUCGGAAGAUUGGCUAUUGGAAUGAAGAUGAUAAAUUUGUUCCAGCUGCUAUAGACACUCAGACUGGUUUUGAUAACUCCAGUGUCCAGAAUAGGACUUACAUAGUUACAACUAUCCUAGAAGACCCUUAUGUGAUGUUAAAGAAGAAUGCCAAUCAGUUCGAGGGGAACGAGAGAUACGAGGGCUACUGCGUCGAGCUUGCAGCUGAGAUCGCCAAGCAUGUGGGCUAUUCCUACCGACUGGAGAUUGUCAGUGAUGGAAAGUACGGAGCCCGCGACCCUGAAUCAAAGGCAUGGAAUGGCAUGGUGGGAGAGCUGGUCUAUGGAAGAGCGGAUGUGGCUGUUGCCCCACUGACAAUCACGCUAGUCCGAGAAGAAGUCAUCGACUUCUCUAAGCCAUUCAUGAGUUUGGGCAUCUCCAUCAUGAUCAAGAAACCACAGAAGUCCAAGCCGGGAGUGUUUUCCUUCCUUGAUCCCUUGGCAUAUGAAAUUUGGAUGUGCAUUGUGUUUGCCUACAUUGGCGUGAGUGUGGUCCUCUUCUUGGUCAGUCGCUUUAGCCCCUACGAGUGGCACACUGAGGAAUUCGAGGAAGGACGCGAUCAGACGGCCAGCGACCAGUCAAACGAGUUUGGGAUAUUUAACAGCCUCUGGUUCUCCCUCGGAGCCUUUAUGCAGCAAGGAUGUGAUAUUUCACCGAGGUCCCUGUCUGGCCGCAUCGUUGGUGGGGUCUGGUGGUUCUUCACUUUGAUCAUCAUCUCUUCGUAUACGGCUAACCUGGCUGCCUUCUUGACUGUAGAGAGGAUGGUGUCUCCCAUUGAAAGUGCAGAGGAUUUGGCCAAACAGACGGAGAUUGCCUAUGGGACUCUGGAAGCUGGAUCCACCAAGGAAUUCUUUAGGAGGUCGAAAAUAGCUGUAUUUGAGAAGAUGUGGACAUACAUGAAAUCAGCAGAGCCCUCCGUUUUUGUGAGGACCACAGAGGAGGGGAUGAUCCGGGUG